UAUCUUGUCUGCUGGCGGAUGACAAACUGUUAGGUAUUGACAGGGUUUUUAUUUUGGAGCUAGGUUAUAGCUGACUUUAUCUCCCUAACUAUCCAGCUACCGCCGCGGAUGUGUCUGUGCCACACCUCUCUCCGGAGACAUGGACACCACGAUGUUUCAGCUGAGGUCGUUCGUCCAUCAGCGGCUGUACACGGCGGCGGAGGAGAUCCUCGGGGAGGUGGAGAAAACCAUAACGUUAGCUCUGUACGAAGCCGAAGUUAGUCGAUCUAAAGAGGAGGUUGAAAGUCUGCGACACCAGCUAGACAUCCUGCGAAAGAGACCAGCUGAAGAGCCUUCAUUGACCAGCGGCACAGUGGAACGUGGAGACAAAUGUGAAGGCCCACUGUUGCAGGAGAACCCAGGACCCUCAACACCAGAAGACUCUACCUUCAGUCUGAGCGCUGACGCCCCAGGACCCUCUCAAACCAGCGCAGAUAUGGAUAAUAAUAACUGGAAAUGCUGCUUGGUUGAGACGGAUUUCAAGAUGUCUCAGAUAAAACAGGAACAAGAGGAACUUGGGGAUGACAGUCAAACACAGGAGAUUGUUUUUCCUUCUCCUGAAGUUGUAAAAAGCGAGCAAGAGCAGCCAGAGACACAAGCGUCCUAUGAAAUGCAGCCGGUUUCUUCUGACUGCUCCGCGGCCCAGAGUGAGGACAAUAACGACGAUGAAGACGAGUCGGUGCCCAGCAAAGGAGAACAGAUAAAAACGAUGAAACGGAGAGGAAAGAAAGGACAAAUUGGCAGCACUGAUAAGAAGGUCCAAACAGCAAAUGACAAAUGUUCCGAUAAAAACGAAAAGGGUCGCAGUUUUUGUCAUUUGUGUGGAAAGGGAUUCCAGUACAUCGGCUCUUUGAUGAAGCACAUAAAAACACACGAGAACACAGUUGAUUGCACCGUUUGCGGGAUGGCAUACCAGUCCACAGAAGAGCUGAUAACUCAUCUGAAAAGUUGUCACAACAAAACACAUUUUUGCGACGUUUGUGGCAAGACUUUUGCCAAUAACCGCUGUCUCCGGCUGCAUGAGAGAAUACACACAGGCACAAAAGAGUUCAUGUGUCAAGAAUGCGGCAAAACGUUUUACCGAAGAGAGCAUUUGACUGUGCAUGUGAGGACCCACUCUGGGGAGAAACCAUAUCACUGUGAUGUUUGCGGAAAAGCAUUCAGUCAGAGCCAGAACCUAACAAUUCAUAAAAGAAGUCAUUCAGGGGAGAGACCAUAUCAGUGUGGCCUGUGUGGCAAACUUUUUAACACUAGUAGUCACCUUAAAACGCACAUGAGAUACCAUUCAGGAGAAAAACCGUACCAGUGUGAUAUUUGUGGUAAACGUUUUAGCCAGAGCGGACAGAGGAGUAGACACAGGACAACGCACACAGGAGAGAGGCCGUAUGCCUGCCAUGUUUGUGGUAUGAGGUACAGGUUUGCACCUAAUCUUAAGGUGCAUCUGCAAACUCAUGAAAAGCCAGCCGGUUUCUAUUUCCAUGGCUGAAACUGCUGAAAUACCAAGAAGGUUAUCUGAUCCCUGUAGGUAAGACCAAUUAAACUUUGACCACCACAGUGCAAUACAUUUCAUGUAUGCAUUUUUGUAUAUUGUUCUGUGUAAUGUCUUCUUAUGGUGAAACCAAGUUUCCACAUUGGGGACAAUAAAGUUUAAUAUCCUGUCAUAUCACA